UGUACCCAGAACGAGGUUUUUUGCAGAGAAGAAAACCCUCUUCCCAUUUCCCCAAUACCCAACUUUUUAUUUCACAUUUUCUUGAAAUUUUGUAGCUUUGUUUUCUUUCUUUAUUUCUUUCUUUCUGUUUCUUGCGUACACAACAAAUAGGUGUAAGAAGUAAGAAUAGACUCCUGCAGGCAGAAACAACAACACCCAACUGGGGUUUGGUUUCUCUUUGAUUUGACUCUUUGUUUGCAAUUUUUGAAACCAAAAUGCCAAGAAACUGCCACUUUCUUCUCCUCUUUAUAUCUUGAGAUCCAUCACUCUUCUGGGUAUCCAUAAAAAUUCAAUCUUUUUUAUCAUCUCAAGUUAGUUUUUGUAAAUUAAUUACUGGGUAGGAAUCUUUAUGUGGUUUUGAAACAAUGAGAGAUGAAUGCAAGAAGAACAAGGUUUCUUGGCCUAAAACACUCAAGAGAUGGUUUGGUGUUAAGAGCAAAGCUGAAGAUUUUCAUGCUGAUGAUUUUAGUUCUAGAGAUGGAGAUGAAGAAUGGGUCAACAAUAUUAAUGAAAGAGAAGCUUGUAACAUCAAGAAAAACAAAAGAACAGAAAGAUCAAGUAAAAAGAAUGUGAAUAGCCGAAACCGGAGUAGAAUCGAUCUUGAUGCUGGUCAAGUAACAGAUGUCAAUCAUUACAGAAUCUUUGCAGCCACCUGGAAUGUGGCCGGAAAAUCGCCUACGAGUAGUUUGAAUCUUGAAGAUUGGUUACAUACUUCACCGCCAGCCGACAUUUAUGUUCUCGGGUUCCAAGAAAUCGUUCCGCUGAAUGCCGGCAACGUUUUGGGCACCGAAGACAACAUUCCGGCGAAAAAAUGGCUAGCUCUGAUUCGAAAGACGCUCAACAGUCUUCCGGGAACGACUGGUGGAUGCCAGACCCCAUCGCCGGUUCCCGAUCCAGUAGUCGAACUAGACUCCGAUUUCGAAGGAUCAACACGACCACGAACUUCGUCGUUUUUCCAACGUCGGUCUUUCCAAUCGUUGAGCCGGAGCAUGAGGAUGACGGAGUACGGCUUGCAGGUUUCGCAGCCCCAGUUCGAACGCAGAUACAGUGUUUGUGAUCGAGCAAUGUUCGGAAACAGGUCGAGUGAUUACGAUCCGUGUUCGCGGUGGGGUGGUGGAUCUUCGGAUGAAGAUAACGGGCCGGAUGAUUCGCCUUGUUAUAGUAAUUACUCGCAGGCUCCGUUUAGUGGAUUGUUUUCGAUGGAGGAAAGAGAUAAACCGGUUGGGAACUCGAUGUAUUGUUUGGUUGCGAGUAAGCAAAUGGUCGGGAUUUAUCUUACGAUAUGGGUCAAAAGUGAUCUUAGAGACGAUGUUCGUAACAUGAAAGUAUCCUGUGUUGGUAGAGGAUUGAUGGGUUAUCUCGGAAACAAGGGUUCGAUCUCAAUUAGCAUGUCGUUGCAUCAAACGAGCUUUUGCUUCAUAUGUAGUCACUUGACUUCGGGUCAAAAGGAAGGCGAUGAGUUGAGGCGAAACUCUGACGUUAUGGAAAUUCUUAGAAAAACUCGGUUUCCACGCGUUCAAAGAACGGGAGACGAGAAUUCUCCUCAAACGAUCCUCGAGCAUGAUCGAAUCAUAUGGCUUGGUGAUUUGAAUUACCGGAUCGCGCUCUCGUAUCGAGCUGCGAAAGCGCUUGUCGAGAUGCGAAAUUGGAGGGCUUUAUUGGAAAAAGAUCAGCUUCGGAUAGAACAACGAAGGGGACGCGCGUUUAAAGGAUGGAGCGAAGGGAAGAUAUAUUUCCCUCCGACUUACAAAUAUUCAAAUAAUUCGGAUAGAUACGCGGGUGAUGAUAUGCACCCGAAAGAAAAACGAAGAACUCCCGCAUGGUGUGAUCGAAUAUUGUGGUACGGUAGAGGACUCCAUCAAAUGUCAUAUGUUCGCGGGGAAUCAAGAUUUUCGGAUCAUAGGCCCGUUUACAGCAUAUUUAUAGCCGAAGUUGAAUCGAUUAACCGUAGCAGAAUCAAGAAAACUACAAGCGCUUCUUCACGAAUCGAGGUUGAAGAACUACUACCGUAUUCAAGAAGAUACGGUGAUGUUAACUUGUAUUAAGGACUUACUUAGCAUUGAAAUCUAGCAUUUUGGAUCUGUUGAACAAAUUGGAAUGUUUCAAGUUGGGAUUACAAGAUCCGGGAUUUUGAACCAGGAUUCUGGCUAAAGAAUGUUUCAAGGAUCAAGAUAUCAAGUUCUUCAAGACGGUUGACCUUUUGCUAGAUCUAAUGAUCAAAACACUUCAUUUCUUGAUCCAACGGAACUCACUCGUGUUGUCAUGAUGAAAAAAGUGUUUGGUGUUCACUGAUCAGACAUGAGUGUUCAUCAUGCUUUUGGAAUAAGUUGUACAUUGUGCAUUAAGAGUUGUACAUUGGAAUUUCUGCAUAAAGUUUAGGGGACAGAAAUGGGAUUUGAAGCUUUUGUUGUUUGGUUUGAGGGAUUGAUGAUUUUAUACUGAAAAGGUGGAAUUUUUACUGAAAAAGAUAAAGUUAAAGAUUGUUAGUGAUUGUGUCACUCACUGAUGCUUCAUUUUCCUUUGGGUUGUAAGUUGUACCAAAAGGAAAGAUAAAUAAUCAAUCUUCUUCUACUUUGCCAUUGCAA